GCCACCUAUAUUUACACACGCGUUACGGAGGGAAUAUUCAAACUGCUGUUCAGAGUUUGAUCAUCACGCGACGCGAAUUGUUUGUUUUUUGGAGUUCUUGGAGUGAGUCUACCAACUUUUGGAUUAACGUUACAUUGAGUGCGGUACUCGAUUGGUGUUGGAGUAUUUUCUAGUACAUCAAGAAAUAAUGUACCAUAUUGUGAGCUUUGUGGAAACUGAAGAAGUUGAGGUUGUGCCUGCAAUCUGGGUAAAGGACGAAGUGUGUUUAUGGCCUCCAUACAAGGGUGAAGAAGUUCAGAGAGCCACAAGGAAUUUGGAGCAACCACAGGAGUCUUGGGUGGCAUAUAAAGUUAGAAUUCUAUAUACUGCAAAUAAUUACAGUGAAGCACGUCGGAAGCUGCCUCUUGCAGAGCAACAAACGGAUCUGCAGUCAGAGGCAGAGACUGACCCCCUGAGAGCACCAAAACGGAAAGUGAAACGAAACCGGCGUCUAUUGGACGACUACGAUACAGAUGAGGAGGCCAUUGCACCGAAAAAAAAUUUGCCGCAAGCCCCAUACAUACAACCACUAUCAAAAAGAGCUUGCUCUGCUUUAGAUGAGGUUCAACCAAGUCCUCUACAACACAGACCCCAAAGGUCCCCAUCUGUGACACAGGUUCCAGGGACCUCAAGACAGGCGUUGAUGGAAAGAAGCUCUACCUCUCAAUGGCAGAACUUUGAAAGUGCUCUAGGAAAGUCGUUACGGCAAGCAAUAGACCUACCUGCACAGUCACCAGCUCAGACUCUUUUCCAGACUGCCCAUCAGAUGGGUCCAGAAGCAGAAAAUUAUAGUGAAUUGUCGUGGCAAAGAGGAUCAACGCUACAAUCUCCCGAGGAGCCAACACAACCUCUGUGGCAUCGUGAAACACCCAGAAGAAGCUAUUCAAUGGAUGAUCCAUUCAAAAAAUCACUUCUUCAUGCUGUGUUAACCAAGCUUGAAGUCGUUAUGGAGCAGCAAAGACACAUUGUAAGGAUGAUUCAAGACCUGAAGUCCAACAAUGUAAGGGAGAUCACAGAGGAAAACGAAAUAAGUCCCACUCUUUUUCCAGUGGAAGAUUUAAGGUCCCUAACUUCCCUUGAAAGUAAUCUUCGAUCCAGUCCUGAAACAAGACGGAAAGUGAGGCUGUGAGACGAAACCCUGCAUGCUCUCAGACAACAGAGCUAGAAGUCGAAAAGGUUAUUAGGCGGUGGUUUUAUCUGGCUGGUGAUCGGGAGGGCGGCAGGAAAAAAAGAACACCAUUGCAAAGAUUUUAAUCAAAC